AGGAAAGAUUAUAAAACAGGCCCUGGCGGUGGGCACCACACAUUCUGGUGGAAGCCCGGAGGAGCAGCCGAGCGAGGACAUGGGACCCCAAAGCGGCCGGCUCGUGGCUCUGCUCCUCAUCCUGGGGCUGUGUGCGCUGGCUGGGGCCCAGAAACCAUCUCCCUGCCAGUGCUCCCGCAGGAGUCCCAAGGACAGGAAGAACUGUGGCUACCCGGGCAUCACCGGCGACGAGUGCUUCUCCUCCGGGUGCUGCUUUGACACCACGGUGGCUGGCGUCCCCUGGUGCUUCAAGCCCCUCCCCAAGGAAGAAAAUGAGGCGUGUGUCAUGGAAGUCUCAGCCCGCAGGAACUGUGGCUACCCAGGCAUCAGCCCUGAGGAGUGUGCAUCUCGAAAGUGUUGCUUUUCCGACACCAUCCCCCAGGUGCCCUGGUGUUUCUACCCACUGCCUGUGCAAGACUGUCAUUACUGAGACACAGUGGCCUCAGAGAACCCGUCAGGCUCCCUGGAUGUUCCAAAACCAAAGAAGAAUACACACCAUC